GUGUUGAUAACUGGCGGGGGUUCGGGUAUCGGUGCCGCCACUGCCGUAGAGUUUGCCAGAUCUGGCGCUCAGGUAGUUAUCGGUGACAUCAAUGCUAAUGGACUGACACAAGUGGCCAAACAGUGUCUGAAUGUAUCUCCGAAUGCAUUGAAAGCAUUGGAAGUGUUGGUAGACGUUACCAAAGAGGAAGACCUACAGAGACUGGUGGACACCACUAUCACCACAUGUGGACAGUUAGAUAUUCUGGUCAAUAACGCCGGCGUCACAAAGAAUAGUAAUAUAAACGAUCCGGAUUAUAUGUCUGUAUAUAAACGCAUUUUGAGCACAAACUUGGAUUCAACCGUUCAUUUGACUCAUUUAUGUAUCAAGUAUUUGGAGAUAACUAAAGGAGUUAUUGUCAACACAUCCAGUGUUACGGCAUAUCAAGCGGCGGCGAUAAAUAUGUUCACCAAAUGUAUGGCCGCAGAGUUAGGACGCAAAGGCAUUCGUGUUAAUAGUGUUAAUCCGGGUUUUAUAAAAAGUAAAAUACACUCCGGAAGUGGUUUUUCAGAGGAUGUUAUUCAACAGAUAUCCCAAACAUUCGCUAAUAAAUAUCCGGUCGGCCGAGUGGGCGAGGGCUUAGAUGUGGCCAAUACUAUUAUAUACCUGGCCAGUGACCAGGCAUCAUUUAUAACGGGUGCUAGUGUAUUGGUUGACGGCGGACACAUUGCCGGCUCAGUUACCUUUUAA